GCAUAAAACAUCUGAUAUUUUACUUCAUCAUAACAACAACAGGAAACAAAAAAAGAAAAGAAAAUCAACACAUCUGGUGCCUCGUGCAUUCAUAUCAUUGGGUUUCACCCAUAGAACAGACUAACAGGCAUUAAAUGAAACAAGUAAUGAACCAUGUUGUUUUGCAGGUUGGUCAGUAAAUUGCAUUUAAAAAUGUUAUUUUUUGCAUAUUUCUUAUCUUUUUCUUUAUUGGUGUUAAAGAGAGUUUAUGAUCUUUAUGUGUCAAAGUGUCCACCACUGGUGUCUCACUGUCUCCUGUAGCUCCUAUUUAUAGACACCUGUUUCCCCCAAUGGCUGUCACUUCCUGUUUGUCCAGAGGGGACAGCCUGGACACACACACGCACACACACGCAUACAUAUGCAUACAGAGGCAUUGUACAGAGUUCCUGUUCUUGAGUGUCUGUUGAUCCACUCAAACCGUGACCUGAGGAGCUGCAGGAGGACGACGGACGAAGGCAGCGUAGAGAAGAAGACCAACGAAGUGAGAAGUGAGAAAAACAGAAGAAGAAGAUUCUGACACAGGACUCCAGGAGCAUCCAGUGGGGAAGCCAGGACAAUGGAAUAACAGAAGCACAGGAGAGAGGAAACCAAAAAUGUGACUGUAAAGGAAGACAACGCAAAGGAGACGAGAGAAACCAGGAGUGAAGAAAGUCAGAGAUAAGGACAAGUUGUUCCAGAUGAUGGAGUUGAUUUAAGGAGUAGACGAAAAAGGAAAUCCAAUGUGACUGUGGGAUAAACUCGUGUUUUGGUAGAAGUAGAACAGCAGAUGUUUGUAAGGAACAUCGUUUAUCGUUGGAACUGUGUUUGAGAAGCAGAUCUGGUCCUGAUGAUGGGCUGCUGUCUCUUUGUUUAUUAUCGGAAAAAAAGGAAGCAGGCCAGCAAAGAUGCUGACUCCCUCAGUCUCUGCAGCCUGGACAUUAAUGAGCCCAGCACUAAGCGCAGUAAACCAGUAUCUCGGGUGGCAUCACUGGCCAGUCUGCUGCCUCCUGUCAAAACCACCCCACUGAAGAGGAUUGGCCUGACACUGCAGCGAUCUAUAAGCCUUCGUAAUGGCAGUCAGAUCAAGAAAACCUCUCCGCCUCCACCGCCUCCGUCUGCGACGAUGAAGGUGCGGACCAUCGCAGUGACAAAUCCGUCCUCUUCCACAGUGACACCUAGAAAUUCUAUGACAGCAGCGCCAAGUGCCAAGCGCAGGGACAGCAAACUUUGGAGCGAGACAUUCGAUGUUCAUCUGGGAGCGACUCAACCUCUGAGCCCAAAAGAGAUAAAACGACAAGAGGCUAUCUUUGAGUUGGCUCAGGGUGAACAGGACUUAGUGGAGGAUCUGCGGUUGGCUAAGAAGGCUUACCGUGACCCAAUGUUGAAGCUGUCAAUCAUGACUGAGCAAGAGCUGAACCAGAUCUUUGGUAACCUGGACUCGCUGAUACCUCUGCAUGAAGACCUGCUGAGUCGCCUCAGAGACGCCAGAAAACCCGAUGGUUCCACAGAACAUGUUGGACACAUCCUGACUGACUGGCUGCCAUGUCUCUCCUCCUACACUCCUUACUGUAGCAACCAAGUGAAGGCCAAGUCCUUGCUGGACCAGAAGAAGCAGGAUCGACGAGUCCAGGACUUUUUGCAGCGCUGCCUCCAGUCACCCUUCAGUAGGAAGUUGGACCUUUGGAAUUUCCUGGACAUUCCUCGUAGCCGACUGGUAAAAUACCCACUGCUGCUCAGGGAGAUCCUGAAGCACACACCCAACGACCACCCAGAUCGGCAGCACCUGGAGGAGGCGAUGCAAAUGGUUCAGAAUGUGGUUGCGGACAUCAACCGGUGUACAGGUGAGUCGGAGUGCCAGUACUACAAAGACCGUCUGCUGUACACGGAGGACGGGUGGAAAGAUGAACUGAUUGACCGGUCCAAGACACUGAGCUGCCACGGAGAGCUGAAGAACAACAGAGGACUGAAGCUCCAUGUCUUUCUGUUCCAGGACGUCCUGGUCAUCACCAGGUCUUUGGCACUCAAUGACCAGCCAGUCAGCUAUCAGCUCUGCCGCCAGCCCAUUCCCAUCCGUCUACUGGACCUGGAGGACCUGUCAGACGGGGAGAUGAGAGUGGGCGGCUCCAUCAGAGGAGCUUUCAGCAACACAGAGCGCACCAAGAACUUCUUCAGGGUGUCAUAUCGUACUGCAGCUCAGCUUCAGAACCACUAUUUCCAGGCCAGUGACGCCUUCAACAAACAGCAGUGGAUCAACUGUAUCAGACAAGCAAAGGAGGCCGCAGCUCUGACUGGAGACCAGUCCCCAAUUACAGGACAAUGUCUGGAGACAAAACCAGAGGGACAAGUAGGGCCACUCGACAGGACAACACAGAUUUUGCCAUCUGUUUCGAGGGAUGCUAAUGGAAAAGGCACAUGUGGGGAGCUGGAGACAGGGCCUGGCUUGGAAGGAGAAAACCAUGUCAAUGGAUUUAGAGAUCAAAGUUCAGACAAAGAGGCCAGAGAAGAUCGUACAACAACUAGGACGGUCGGGGACAUGGAGACACAUGAUUGUAGCACAGAGCUUGAAUUAGAUGGUGAGGUGAAGAUGGUUGAUGACCCCAGCCCAACAAUCACUGAAGACAACAUAGGUAAGAUGGAGACAGGGCUGGAACCCUGCCAUGAGAUGUUGGGGGAGGAGGUGACCACCAGAGAAGACCAGAAGAUGGAUGAAGAGGAGAGGAUCAGUGACAUCGACAGUGAUGGUUCCUCCAUGCUUCCGUGUGCUGCUUCUACCACUCAGAAGGAGAAACAAGUCCAUGAGGAGGUGCAAAGUGACAUGAAGGAAGAAGAAGAAGAGCAGGAAGACGUCAUGGACGUCACCGAGGUUGACACAGUGACGGGCGAGGAGCUGGUCCUCAGGUGCUGAGAGAGAAUAAUCAGAGCAGGCAAGAAAAAUAAAACACCAAGGGACUGACAACAAAUAUGAAACGACCACAUAAGACACAUUUAGUUGCAAAAAAAACCUGCUGAGCUCCUUCUAUUCUACAAUUGAUGCUUCCUCGUUUGCAGUUGGAUGGCGAUGUCCAUAUUAAGGGAACCACUUUAGGAACUGUGUUACAAAGACGGUGUGUAGUCUCCAAUGACUCCAGUGGAAGCUGUAAAAAUGACUGGAAGUCAGUUGUCCUCCAGUAAUAUACAUCAAUCACAGGAGAUUGUUUUUUUUCUUCCUCAGGUGGUUUUAUGUCUCUUAAACAUGUCUCUCAGAUGAACACAAAUAGCACAUAAAAAAACAACUUUGUGUCUCUUCAACAUGUCAGUCGCCAUGUGGGAAAAAUCAAACCAAAAUGCAGGAAUUUCAAUACAAAGGUGGACACUUGAAUAUUUUUGAUACACUUGAUGACAUGUAUUUAUGGUUUCACUGCCUCUUCAUAUAUUGUGAUAUGUAGCAUUUACUGUUCACUGCCCCUGGCUGUCACAGGGUUUGGCCCUUGAAAGACAAUAAACGACAAUAAACACAGUAUAUAAUGCAAAAUGUUUCCAGGGUGAAAGACAACCAGCAACAUAUGGCCAAACAGAUACAACAAACUGAUAUGAUGGUGCAUAUAUUUUUGUAUUACCUUUUAAUUUCUUUUUAAAACUUCAACACAUUCUGCAGCUACAAAAAAAAUCUACAAAAAGGAAUUUCAUGUCCCUUAUGUAGAAGUUUGGAUUGUAUUAUAUAUUUGAUACAAGGAAAUGGUUCUAAAUCUAUGGAUCUUUAAAACUUCUAGAACAAAAUCAAGCAGGAAUUUUCAUUCAAUUUUUAUGACAUGUUUUAAAUCAAAUGCAUUAUGUUAACACUAGUUGUUGUCUUUUUUUUACAUUGUUCUGUGAAGCCACUGCAGGGAUUCAGUCACGGCACUCCAGACAGGAAGUUGAUGCACUGUACAGAAUGUACUAUAUGAAAUGAAUGUAUAGUCUGUCUCUCGAAGACUGUAUAAACAAAGAUAUUUUUCUAUUUUGAAAGAUUCUUGCUAUGUUUGGAUCUGGGUCACAGCCCAGUUGAACGUUUUGGCUCUCCUUUGUUCGUGAACACGACACCAAUUGAAGGAUUUUUUUUUAUCCCCGUAGUCACAGCACCAAAAUUGAAGAAAUCAGCUCGUAGGUAGUCCCAGGCAAGGAACAGCCGGUAGAUGGCCGAUUCAUUCAAUAACAAAACGCCAAACCCACACAGGUCCAAUGGUAGAGCAAAAUAAGACGAGGCAUUGAAGGAAACCUCAUACAACAGAGAUUUCCAGACCGUUGCUAGUAGCAAAUUCAAAGACUAACUUCUUCUGAGAAUAACUUCUAUGGUUUGCACUUUUAUACCUGUCUGGGGGGAGUGGAGGUUAGGCCUCUUGUGGCCAAUUAUAUUAUUGUUAUUGUCCUGGUAAUUGAUCAUGGUUGUCCCUGCGGCCACCACUAUGUGGCGCUGCUGCUCCAUGAUUCGAUGAUUUGUAGUUUUAUGAACCUUUUGUCGCGGACCGGGGUGUUAUCACAACAGUAUACAAACAGUAUAUAUAUGUAUAUACACACAAGGUCUAAACUAUUGGUUAUAAUUGUCUUGAUGUCAUCCAUGAACUCAAUAAAAUGGUUAUCUCUGACAAA